GUUGCUGGUGUUAGUUUUGUCGACCAUGCAGCAUCAGGUGGCAGUGUGGGUUUUGGUGACAACUACGUCGAUUUUGUCAAGCCGGUGCCUAAUAUUACGGCUUUUUACAUCUUCAUCGAGUUCAAGUUCAAAGGAGAGGAAAUUUACUCAUGAUAGUUCAUAAUCUACUCAAUUCCCUAGCUACAUGAAAAAACUCUUGUUCCUAGCACAGAUCAAAAUAUCAGUAAGAUCGAAAUUUUCGAAGAAGAACAACAGUCAUCAUCUACGUCUAAUACAGAGGAGCGUCGCCCUUCGUCCUCUGGCAGCUCUUCUUCCACCUCCAAACCGGAACGGCAAAUCCGGAUCAACAUUGUUGCGAAGCCUGGUCCCCACAGUAUUCUACUCCGUUGUGCUUUUCAGCAUGCGGCGGAU